CAAAAACAUUUCAAACCACUAAACCAUUUAAUUUGCUUCUAGUCCUAAACUCUCAACACACCUCCCAUAACCACCACCAAUCCAUCUAACAACUAAAUAAAAUCAAACAUGGCUUCGGCCUCGGCCUCGGCUGCUGCCACCUCAUCUUUCAUCGGGACUCGUCUUCCUGACGUGCCAUCCAACUCAGGAAAGGUCACGUGCCGAUUCGGGUUUGGAACCAAAAAAGUAGCCAAGAAGGCCCAGCCCAAAUCAGGCUCAACAUCAGACCGCCCAUUAUGGUACCCUGGUGCCAAGGCCCCAGAAUAUUUAGAUGGGAGCUUAGUAGGUGAUUAUGGGUUCGACCCAUUUGGGCUAGGAAAGCCUGCUGAGUAUUUACAAUAUGACUAUGAUGGUUUGGACCAGAACUUAGCCAAGAAUUUGGCUGGUGACAUUAUUGGGACCCGGACCGAGUCGGAGGAUGUUAAGUCCACAGCUUUGCAGCCAUACAGUGAGGUUUUUGGGCUUCAGAGGUUCAGGGAGUGUGAGCUGAUUCAUGGCAGAUGGGCUAUGUUGGCUACUCUUGGUGCUCUGACUGUUGAGUGGCUUACUGGUGUCACCUGGCAAGAUGCUGGCAAGGUGGAGCUAAUUGAAGGAUCAUCAUACCUUGGCCAACCACUUCCCUUUUCAAUGACUACAUUGAUCUGGAUUGAGGUGUUGGUCAUCGGAUACAUCGAGUUCCAGAGGAAUUCAGAGCUUGACCCUGAAAAGAGGCUUUACCCAGGUGGAACCUUCGACCCAUUGGGUUUGGCAUCUGACCCAGAAAAGAAGCCAAUCCUUCAGUUGGCAGAGAUCAAGCAUGCCAGGCUAGCUAUGGUUGGUUUCCUUGGCUUUGCUGUUCAGGCUGCUGUUACCGGUAAAGGCCCGCUUAACAACUGGGCGACUCAUUUGAGCGACCCGCUCCACACUACCAUCUUGGACAGGUUCCUGUAGAAUGACUCUGGUUGGGGAUCCUAUACAUUAAGCAUCUUAAAGUGCCCAUAAUAUAGGGUUCAUUGUGUAGUUUCAGAAGAGCCUACUGUUAUCUUGUAUUAGUACUGUAAAGAGUGGAUUAUUGGGGCUUGAAGUAGAAUGAAGAAUGCAUUCUCUAGACAGGUUGUAUGAUUAUUAUUGGAAUAUUAUAAAUGUAGUAUCAAAGAUUAACUAAA